AAACCUGCUCUAUAUAUCGAUAGUAUUGUACUGUUUUAGUGUUUUCUUUUAUUUGUGUCAAGUGUUGUUUAGUUUUUGAUGUUUUAUAUGUAUAUCAUUAUCUUUGAAUUAUGACUUGUUACAGAAUGUCGUAUUUGAUCCGUGUAUGUUUAAAAUAUCGGGAAGUGGGAGGAUUCGGUUGUUAACAGGGCAAACCGUACGAUGGACGAGUCUCUUUAGCUGGGCCCUGUCCGUCUUCAGAAGUGAGUUUUGACAGGUCGAAAGAAGGGCAUGGCGUCCGGGAGGCCGGUGGAAAGCAAACUCUUUAAGAAAUGGGAUAGGUUCAACGCCUGGAUCCACACGAUAUGCGUGGUGACAUUCGAUUUGGAAUUGGGACAGGCGUUGGAAGUUGUUUAUCCACCAGCGAACGAGCUUAGCGAGGAGGACAAGACGAACGUCUGCUACUUAGCGUUUCCCGAUUCAAACUCCGGUUGCUUAGGCGACACCCAGUUCCACUUCAGAUUCAGGCAUAUACCCAGCGACAAAGACGACUCCAAGUCCCACUCGAGAUACAAUUCAUCAUCAACUGUAGCAUCCCUGGCAAACAAAAAUUAUCUUUAUGGCUAUGUCUACUUCAGGCAAGUCAAAGACCCAAGUCUCCCUAGGGGCUAUUUCCAGAAAAGUGUGAUUGUCUUAUCUAAAUAUCCCUUUGUCAAUCUUUUCUUAACGAUAUGUCGGAUGAUCGCACCUGAAUAUUUUGACAAUGGAACCCUCAGCAUUGAAGCUGCUUGUCAUGAAAUAGACCAUUGGCCAGAACCUGUUACUGGUGAAAUUGUCAGUCUUCCACUUCUAGGCACAGUUCUUCAGGCACAGAUACCUGGUGAUAUUUCAUUAGGAAAUGCAGCAAUACUUCAAUCGAUCUGCUCAACAACAGUGAUACCAUGUGUCCAUCUUAACAAUUUGUUCAGCUGUUUUUCCAAUUGUAUUUAUCAUAUCCAUCUUCUGUGGGAAUUAGUGUUAACUGGGGAACCGAUAGUAGUUAUGGCAUCUUCUCCUGAAACUUGUUCCCAGAUGGUUCAUGCAUUGGUCACUAUGAUAAUGCCUUUAGUGUACUGUGGUGAGCAUAGGCCAUAUUUUACAAUACAUGAUAGUGAAUUUAAGGAGUACACAAAGACCACUCAGCCACCGCCACCCAUCAUUCUUGGCGUGACAAAUCCAUUUUUUUCUAAAACUCUCCAGCAUUGGCCUCAUAUAAUUAAACUUCCUGAGCCGGCUAAAGCAUCAACUUUGCAGAAAUCAAAAAUUAAAAAGGGCGUCAUUAAGGCUUUUGACAGCAAAUCUGGUGUUUACACCCAGUACGAACCAUUUUUGCAAAAAGAUAAGGCGAUCGUCAAAAAACUACUUAAAGGUAUCCAGACUAAUAGGCCUGAAGAAGUUCAAAGUGCACUACUCAGAAGGCAUCUUUUGGAACUGACACAGAGUUUUAUGAUACCACUGGAAAGGUACAUGGCAACAUUGAUGCCCCUUCAUAAAAAUAUCUCUCCAUACAAAGCUGCCCCUACUCCUUGGCCAUUUAACCCCGAAGCAUUUAUCGCUUCCUUGGAGAAGUCAGGCCCACAACUUACAACCGGAACAAAAGGAAAUUGGGAAGGUCUUUACAAAAGAUUUUUUAGGUCUCCCAAUUUUAUCGGUUGGUACAACACUCGUUACAAAGCAAUGAGUGAAAAAUUACAAAUACUUCAAUUAGAAGCUCUAUCAAUGGCGGAUUUAAGGCAUUGGGUUGCUGAUAAGCAGGAGGUGGAAAUUGUAGAUAUGAUUAUUAAAAUCAGAUGCAAAUUGGAUGAGUGCAAAACAAGAAAUGUAAAUUUGAGUGAAAGCACUUUUAAACAAUUACAGAGCCGUUUGCAAGAAAUAGUUUGUACUUUACCUGAGGACCUUAGAUCUGUAUUAGAAACAAAGACUAGCUGACCCCCAUAUAUGGGUGAUAAUUGACUAUUUGAUUUUUAUAUAAUGUCAAAAUCAAAACCAAUUUUGGAUCUGUAAAUAAAAAUACUUUAUGAUAAUUGUACAAGCACUUUUAUAAAGUGUGGGCUCAAUGUAAUUAUUUUCUUCUUCUUUUUCUUAAGGUAUUUUGAACAACUGUUUAUAUUAACUUUUUAUUUACUCGUAAAAGAAUAAUUUAUGAUAGAACUAGUGCCAAAAUUAUAUAUUGAUUUUUUAUUUUAUGUAAAAUAUAAAAAUAGAAUUGAUAAAUUACAAUUGUAGAAAAAAGCACAUUUAUAGCUCAUGUUGCUGUUUAAUAUUACAGCCUACAAGUUAUUUCUUAGUGGAAAAAAUGACUACACAAAAUCUGAUUGUAAAAUUAAUUAUUAAAAUAUUUAUUUUGGUUUUAUAA